CAGCAGCUGCAAGCCCUAAAAGCCUGGCAGAAGAGGAGGAGUCGGGCGGGGGUGGCUUCGGCCGGCGGCUGGUUCGCUCGCUCGCUCGCUCUCCCUUUUGCGCUGCAAGUGCGGGCGGGCGGGCGCUCGCUUUCUCCUUUCUUGCCUGCCUAGAGGACAGGGCGCGCGCUCCUGGGGGUGGUUUGGAGGCGCGGGAGCGUUGUGUUGUUUUCCCCCCAUGGAGACUUUCCACCCCAGCAAGCUGGAGAAGCAUCACCCGCAUCACUACCAUCACCACCACCACCACCAGCCCGUGGAGUUCUUGCCAGGCGCCAGCCGGUACGGCGCGAAGGGUCACCACCACCACGGCGGCGGCGGCGCUUACGGGAACGCGUUUAAUUCCUGGAACGACUACCUGGGGCUGGCCACCCUGAUCACCAAGGCGGUCGGCCAGGACAAGGGCUACCGGAGCGGGCCCUCCUCGGUGGUGGUGGCGGCCACGGUCCAGCAAGUCCAGGCUGCCGAGGAAGGGGAGGACGACGAGGAGGAGGAAGAGGAGGAGGAGGAAGAAGAGGAAGGGGAGGAAGGGACCCCUUAUUUUGAAAACUCUCUGGAUUUGCACGACUUCGCCUUGUGCGGCCACCACCAUCACCACCACCUCAGCCCCGGCGAGAGCCUGCUGGAGGAGCGCUUCGCCGAUUUCAGCCCCUUCUCGGGCCGUUCCAGCCCGGCCUCGGUGGUGUUCAAUUGCUCGCCCGAGCAUCUGGAGCGAGACCGGUCCCCCCACGCUUGGGGCGGCCCACGCUUGGUGGUGAAUGGCCGGCUGCAGGCGCCCCCGAGGAGCGGCGGCUCGCGGCUCUUGAAGCCAGAAUUGCAAGUCUGCGUCUUCUGCCGGAAUAAUAAGGAAGCCGUGGCUCUGUACACCACGCACAUCCUCAAGGGACCCGACGGCCGCGUCUUGUGCCCGGUGCUGCGGAGAUACACGUGCCCGCUGUGCGGCGCGAGCGGGGACAACGCGCACACGAUCAAAUAUUGCCCCUUGUCCAAAAUGCACGGCGGCGCCCCCGCCAAACAGCCGCUCAAAAAUGCCCGGCACAUCCUCGGCAAGAAGCUCCGCUAGGGGGCGCUGUCGGGUUUGGCCGGCCUGCGGA